CGGUCAGGGGAUCAUGUGAUUUGGACGGCGGGAAAUUCGGGAUCGGCACUGGAGGGAUCCGAAGGGAAGUUAUGUUCUGGCAGAGCAUUGUCUCCAAAGGAUCCUGAAUGGCUCCAAUUAAAAUCAGCUAUGUGGUGUCCUUCUCCUCCCAGGACCCCAAGUACCCGGCAGAGAAUCUGCUGAGUGAGGAUGGCAUACGGCCCUGGCUUGGCUGCCCCAAGAAGCGCAGCAGGCAGCUGAGUGUGGAGCUACAACUAGAGAGAGCCAGUCCCAUUGGCUACGUUGACGUUGGGAACUACGGCUGCGCCUUUCUGCAGAUUGAGGUUGGACGUUCCUCAUGGACCUGUGACCAGCCCUAUCUCACCUUGGUGCCCACUGUCACACUGAUGACACCAGCUGACUCGAAGCUGGACCAGAAUCGCUGUGGGGUACGGAUGUUUAAGGAAGCAGAUUUCUCGGAGCUGACAGUGGGGCAGAAGUGGGACCGCGUGCGGCUCACCUGCAGCCAGCCCUUCAGCCUGUGCAGCCGCUUCGGGCUCUCCUUCAUUCGCCUGCGCACACCACAGGAGCAGGAGCCUGACCCCCCCCGGCCACCCCUGGACACAGAGGAUGCUGAGCUCUCAGACAGACCCUUGUGCUCCAGCCCUGCCUUUCACCGGACUUCCUUUCCUGAACCAUGUUUGAGAUCCAAGGAGGAGGAGCAGCUGAAGAACUGCCUGUGGAAGCUGGAAGGGGCUGCCUGGAGCCCGGCCCACCUCAGCCGCUCUGCCCAGAUGGUGUUGCUGGCAGCACGGAACCAGGUGCUGAGGCCAAGAGCUGGCACGAGCACUCUGGGGGCUCACCCGGAGCUGUCAGCCAAGGAUGCAGGAGGUCCCGCAGUGCCAGACUCUGCACUGGAUGUCCCUGCAGCUCUUCCGAGCACCUUCAGGCAGCGGGACAGGCACUGUGCUCCCAGCUCUGUUGGCAGGGCUCCAGCUGCCACCUCAAGGACACGCAAGGUGAAAGGAAGAGCCCGAGCCUGUGGCCCCCGAGAGAAACACGUCAGGAGGAAUGACAGGGGCCAGGCCAGCAGUGAUGGAGAGAUAGGUGUCUGCCCUAUCUGCUCAGGCUGCUUCCCACUGAAUCUCCUCCCCACACAUGCCUCUCAGUGUGGAGAAGACCCCACCACAGCCUGGACUUUGUCUCCUGAUGCCUGGGUGUCCUGCCCAAUUUGUCAGCUGCCCUUUGGUGUGGCAGAGGUGGAGCAGCACGCCAGCAACUGUGGGGAGACACUAGAGGCCCUGUCCUCACGUCAGGGCCUGCAGUAGGACAGCAGAGCUGGGGACAAACCCUGUGUCACCACCCCUGGGGGCUGAACCUGCAGUACACCAAGAGACAGAGACACUGCAGCCCCAGACAUUUGUGGCAAGGCUGGUGUGAGGAUGGAGGAGGUGCUUCCAGCCCCGUGGCCAGGUUUGGUGGGGUUUGAAGCACUGUAAUGGCAGGAGUCGUUACUGGAGAAGAAUAAUUUAAAGGAGAAAAAGAAGAAAGAG